UUGAGGAAAGUCCCUCUCUUUCCUUCAACGCUUCUCCUCUCCUCUCCCAUCGGACUUUUGCCGACCACCGAGCUGUCGCCGGAUCUCGCCGGUGCGAAGACUCCAGCGGCAUGGCUCCAGAGGCAGCAAGAACUGCACGGGAUUCUCUGGACUUGGCGUUUCACAUGUCUAACAUCCUCGAAACUGGUUUGGACCGCCACACGCUUUCGAUUCUGAUAGCUCUUUGUGAAAUGGGUAUAAAUCCAGAAUCUUUGGCAGCCGUGGUUAAGGAGCUUUGUAGAGAAUCGACGGCUCCUUAACGAGAUAGAUAGAAUCAGCCCUUCCACUCGUAGAGAUUGGCCAAAGGAGGAGAAUUUGCUUCUCUUUAGGCAAGAAGAAUGCUCAGACCGGUGGAAAAGUGGUUCUGGACAAUUGCCCACACUUCGUCAUACUUGAAAUGCUUUUGUUCCGCAGUUUAAAGAGCAUGCAUUACCUAUUGGCAAAUAUCAUCUCAACCAUGGCUCUUGGGUCUUAAAUCCAUCUCACAUCUGCUACUUUUACAUAUGUUGAAGAACUUUUUCCAGUAAACAAGAUCCACAGUUUUUCAAAGUGAAAAAUGAAUGUAUAUAACUAUAGUUAUGACAUGUGCAAAACUUAACCAGUUCUGAUAGAGGCAACCUUGUUAUAGUUCUUGUUGCUACUAAAUUUUCUAUAAAGUUUGUCCAGUUUACUUGACAAUUAGUACUUUAGUAGUAAUUUCAUGUGUAUAAU